AACUGGGUUGUUGCGGCUACUUCUCUGUUCAGGUAUCGAACUCUCUCUCAUAAUAUACAUAUGAAAUCGAUUUGGAUUCCCUUCUAGAUUAGAUUAUUUGGAUCCAUCUUUCUCGUUACCGAAUCAGCAUAGAUUCUUUGCAACAGUAUCAAUGGCAAAUGAGUUACCCCAUGAUAUUAUUGAGAACAACAUUCUCACCAGGCUUCCCGUCAAAUCCUUAAUCCGAUUCACCUCCGUUUCGCAACGGUGGCGUUCCCUUAUACUCUACUGCCCCAAAUUCGCCGCAAGUCAAUUUGAAUUUUCUUCCAAGCAGAAAUCUAUCGCUCACAGAGUCCUCGUGUCCUGCAACGGCUAUGAUGAUCUCCAAUCCCUCGACUUGGGUUCGUCCUCUUCCCCCACGCUGCGUCUACCGUUCAAGCAACAACAGGUACACUGCAACUUAAUAGGCUCCUCUAAUGGCUUGGUGUUUGUAGCGUUGGGAAACAAGUACUACGUCUGGAACCCAUCGACUCGAUUCUUCAAAACACUGCCUGACAUUGAUUAUUGCUCCGGUCGGCGGGUGUUUUUCGGUGCUGGCUAUUCGUCAGCGUCCGGCACCUACAAGCUUCUGAUAUGCAGGGAGGAUGACGACGAGGAGAUCUAUACAGAGGUAGCACACAUUUUAUCACUGGGAGCUCCCAAAUGGAGACUGGUUAACCUUGAUGUCCUUAAUGAGAUGCUAACUGGACCGGUUUUUAUGGGGACUCUUUUGAAUGGGGCACUUCAUUGGCUCUGUGGAUAUUCCAAAUACGAUCUGGUUGCUUUUGAUUUGGCGAAGGAGGAGUUCCGGAUAAUGCAGCUGCUGAAUUUAGAUGAUGAUGGUAGCCGUUUCUAUAGGGGCAAGCUUGGGGUUCUUGGAGGGUGCCUCUGUGUGUCGAGUUACACAGAGUACAAUUAUGCUUGUGUCUCUGUUGAUUUUUGGGUGAUGAAAGAUUAUGACGUGCGUGAAUCUUGGACUAAGCUUUUUAACCUGGAUAUGUCCAACUUGCCUCUGCAGCCACUGCUUGACAACACAUUUCGACUUCCCUGGACUUGGUAUACUAUGGAAUGUGGCACAGUUGGCGUCAAAUGGAGUGGCGAAGGGAGGAAUGUGCUUAUGAAGAUUGAUCAUGAUGAAAAAGAAAAGCAUGGCCUGUAUCUUAUUGAGGGGUGGGAGCUUGACAUGGUUGAUUAUGAAGAGAGUCUGAUUUGGAUCGAAGAGAAAGAGAAUGUCAAAAAGACUAAAAUCACUAAAUCCUCAUCACGAAGCCGGAAGAAGCUCAAGUCUUGAGGAAUGUUUGCUGAUUUGGCUUGCUUCCCGUCUACAAGAGCUUCAACUAUUAAGGUCCAAGCAAGAAUCCAAAUUGACUGAAGUGGGGGAGAAUUCUUUCAAAAAGAAUGUGCGUGACAAGAGAAACCAACUGUCAGAUGUAAGCUAUGAUCAAGCUCCAGCAAAAAGGCAAAAGGGUGCAGGUCAAAUGAAAAGGAAGGAAUUUGGGGUGCAAAACUUUGUGGAACAAAAUGAAGGGAAAGAGAUGAAAGCCAAGGGAGUCAUAGAUGUACAAAAUGAGAUGAAGGAGCCUGUUCAAGAGAAAACAAAAAUAUGUGCCAUUGUUAUUGUAAUUUAACAGAGGUGCGUCUUAUGAUAAUUUCUGUGUAUGGUGUAUGUAGUUUAUUACACAUAGAUGUACCAUUGUUAUUCUUGAUCAAUUGUUUACUUUUCUGCUGUUAUUUAUAACAUUGGUUUGAUGUACUUUUCUUUAAAGAGAA